AUGGGAAACACAACCAGUAUUGCUGGGCGUGAUUGCCUGGUCUCUGCCCUAGGAGGCAAUGCGGGUCUUGUCGCCUUUCAAGACCAGCUUCUGUACCAAACUACCGCAGUUCAUGAAUACAACCUCAACAUUCCAGUGACCCCGGCGGCAAUCACUUACCCGGAGACGUCAGAGCAGAUCGCUGCCGUUGUCAAGUGUGCCUCUGAAUAUGAUUACAAGGUACAGGCGCGCAGCGGGGGUCAUAGCUUUGGAAACUAUGGACUUGGAGGAGCGGAUGGUGCUGUGGUUGUAGAUAUGAAGCACUUCACCCAAUUCUCGAUGGAUGAACAGACAUACGAGGCUGUCAUUGGCCCAGGGACGACCCUUGGCGAUGUAGACACCGAGCUAUACAACAACGGGAAGAGAGCAAUGGCGCACGGCAUCUGUCCGACGAUUAGCACCGGUGGACAUUUCACAAUGGGAGGCCUGGGCCCGACAGCGCGCCAGUGGGGACUGGCCCUGGACCACGUCGAAGAGGUUGAGGUCGUGUUAGCGAACUCCUCCAUCGUGCGGGCCUCAAAUACCCAAAACCAAGAGGUCUUCUUUGCUGUCAAAGGUGCUGCCGCCAGCUUUGGCAUUGUAACCGAGUUCAAGGUCCGCACCCAGCCGGCACCUGGACUAGCUGUGCAGUAUUCAUACACCUUCAACCUCGGCAGCAGCGCCGAAAAAGCGCAAUUCGUCAAGGACUGGCAGUCUUUCAUCUCGGCCAAGAACCUCACCCGUCAAUUCUACACUAACAUGGUCAUAUUCGACGGAAACAUUAUCUUGGAAGGUCUGUUCUUCGGCUCUAAAGAGCAGUACGAGGCCCUGGGACUGGAGGACCGUUUUGUGCCAAAGAACCCGGGUAAUAUCCUGGUGCUGACCGACUGGCUCGGGAUGGUUGGCCACGCGCUUGAAGAUACCAUCCUGCGGCUGGUCGGAAAUACUCCAACCUGGUUUUAUGCGAAAUCACUCGGGUUCACGCCUGACACGCUGAUACCCUCCUCCGGGAUCGACGAGUUCUUUGACUACAUUGAAAACAACAAGGCCGGCACGUUGACUUGGUUCGUGACUUUGAGUCUGGAGGGCGGAGCGAUCAACGAUGUCCCUGAAGAUGCUACCGCGUAUGGGCACCGGGACGUGCUGUUCUGGGUUCAGAUCUUCAUGGCCAGUCCCACCGGCCCUGUUUCCUCGACUACAUAUGACUUUGCCGACGGUCUUUACAAUGUCCUAACGAAGGCAGUGCCCGAGAGUGAGGGACAUGCCUAUCUCGGAUGCCCAGACCCUAAAAUGGCAGAUGCGCAGCAGAAAUACUGGCGACAGAAUCUUCCCAGGCUAGAGGAGCUCAAAGCGACUCUUGAUCCCAAGGACACUUUCCAUAAUCCCCAGGGUAUUUUACCAGCCUGA